CAUUUAAAUUAAAUAGUUGAUUAAGUGUUUAGAAAAGUCGAAAUUAUGAUCACACUGUUUUUAAUUUUUAAUGUCGCGUUUUCUUCGGCUCAUUUGAUCAAUCAAAGAUUUAAAUGGAGUCUCGAUGGAACACACAGUUCGCUACCCGCCUAUCGUGAUCUCGGAUCGAAUGAACAAUCAGAAUUUGAACAAAAAUUAGACCAUUUUGAUCCGAACAAUAAGGUUACAUGGAAACAGCGUUACUGGUCCGACAAUUCGGAUGACAAAAAAAUAAACGAAAGAGCGAUUUUAUUCGUACAUGGUCCAAAUACGCUAUCAAACAUCGAUUACAUUGACACAGAACUGUUAAUUCCUCUGGCGAGAAAUCUAAAAGCUACUCGUUUUUAUUUAGAGCAUCGUUUUUACGGAGAAAGCAGACCUAAAAUUGACACGAGCCCAGAGAAUUUGGUUUACUUGAGCAGCAAACAGGCAUUGGAAGAUAUUGCUUACUUUAUCAAAAACAUCUCCGACAAACAUAAAUUGCAUAAGGAUAUUAAAUGGGUGGUGAUUGGAGUGUCCUAUGGUGGUACAUUGGCCACUUGGGCUCGAUUUAAGUAUCCAGAUUUGAUUCUGAGCGCGACUGCUAUCAAUGCACCUCUAUUGGCUCAAGCGGAUUAUGGAGAAUACUAUGAAAAUGUCGUGGAAUCAUUGACUAAAUGCAAUCCAAAAUGUACUGAGAGAAUUACGCAGGCUAAUCGAGAACUAGAAACCGCAAUUAAAAAUGAAGCAGGUCGUAAGGAUGUUGCUACUAUGUUCAACUUAUGUGACGCAUUGAGCGAAGAUCCCGAUGAUAUAUCGUCCCUUUUUGCCGAAUUGGCUGAAAAUUUUGCUCGAGCUGUAGACUUCAGUGGAAUGAAAAAUAUUUCUCCAAAACCAGCUUGCUCCCUUUCAGACCUAUGCGCCAUCAUGUCAAAUGUAGAUACUCCUCCUCUUACUGCGUACGCAGAAGUGAAUAAGAAAGUUACGGGAAUUUUGGGACUGAAAUGUCUUGAACAUCGUUAUAAGAAUAGAAUUGAAAUUUUGAAAGAUACUAAUUUCACAAACGAAACGAAAAUUAGUAGACAAUGGAUUUACCAAACGUGCACAGAAUUUGGUUACCUUAAAAGCUCCAGCAAGUCAACAGGAAUUUUCGGCGAUCAUUUUCCAGCAACAUUUCUCGCUAAGAGAUGCCAAGAUUUAUUCAAACCCGAAUUCAAUCUCCCUUUCAUCGGAGAAAAAGCUUCCAAGGUAAAUACAGAAUUUAAAGGAUUAGAAAUCAAUGUUAAUAAUACCAUGUUCAUUUACAACUCUGAAGAUCCAUGGCGCAGUUUAUUUAUUAAGGACAGUAAAAAAGGUUUUUACGAAACGCAUAAAAUAGAUCCACCUGCCUGUGUGGCCGUUAACAGGCUGAAUGCAGUAAGCGAAAGCGGGGGAUUGGGGGGAUUUUUUUCUGAAAUUCUCGGAUAUGUUGAGAAAACAAUGGGUUGUGUGCUCAACGAAGGUAACGAUUGUUUCGAAAAAUCGCCUAAAUAAUACAUGGAAUUUUUGCAAAUGCUGAGAACACGAAAAUAUCAAGUUUUUAACGUAUCCUUGAAGUAACUCUCAUAGGUUUGCAAAUCGUUAUACUUUAAUCAAUUGCAUCGAUUUAUAAAUUGUUACACAUGUAUAAUAAGAACAAAUAAAUUAUUGGUGUACUACUGAGUCAUGAAAGUGAA